AUGGCGGCAAUGCAAGUUCCUGCUAAUGCCAAUGCUAUUGAAGAUGUCUUUUUCAAACCAACCAAGACCGUUGAUAUUCCAACUCAAGAUAUACUGUCUUGGAUAUUUGACUCUCCACGUUAUCCCCAGGAUCAAGCAAUUUACGUCGAUCCCGAGGAUCCAACCAAUUCCAUAAACAUACAACAAGCAAGAAAUCUCACUCGCCGCCUCAUUGCUGGUUUUCGGUCAACUUCGCUGCAGACAGGUGACUGUAUUUGUGUUCAUUCUUUCAACAACUUAUACUACUCUUGCGUGUUCCUCGCUGUGGUUGGUGCAGGCUUCGUUUGGGCAGGGACAAAUCCUGGGUAUACAGACUUUGAGUUGCAACAUCACCUGCGAACAGCACGAGCAAAGCUCGUCCUGGCGGAGCCCGAACUUUACGACAGCAUUCGUCCUGCAGCCAAUAGGGUUGGGAUCCCUGACAACAAUAUUUUUAUUUUCGAUUGGUCGAAUAGAAGAUCAGUACCAGAAGCUCCUCCACGGUCCUGGGCCACCUUAUUGCGGUGUGGCGAGCAGGAUUGGGUUCGCUUUAAUGAUGAGGCUGUCGCCAAAUCAACCACGGCGUGUCGACUGUUCAGCUCAGGGACCACGGGACUGCCCAAGGCUGCGGCACUUUCCCAUUACAACCUUGUUGCUCAGCAUACCCUACUCCAGGAACAGGUUCAGAAGCCUUAUCAGGUUAAGCGAAUCCUCUGCUUACCAUUCUUUCAUGCGGCCAUGGUUCCAAUAGGACACAUCACUCCACUGAGAUCAGGCCAUGUCUCAUAUGUCAUGCGAAGAUUCCAUCUGGAAGACUUUCUCCGUUAUACUGAGAAAUUUGAGGUAACAGAGCUCUUUGUGGUACCACCAAUCGUGGUCUCAAUCCUCCAGUCUCCACUGAUCAGGCGGUACUCUCUGAGGAGCUUGAGGUGUGGGAUGACUGGGGGAGCAAAGAUUGAUCUCCUCUCACAACAGGCCUUUACUGCGCUUAUGCAUCCUGACGGUAGCCUCAAUCCCUGCUACGGCAUGACCGAAAUCAGCUGCAUUGGUGCUUGCUACCAGUGGCCAGACCAAGAUCUUGAUGGAAGUGUGGGGCAUUUCCUCCCCAAUUUGGAGAUCAGAUUGGUUAACGACAACGACGAAGACAUCCGAAGUUACAACCAGAACGGCGAAAUAUGUAUACGUGGCCCAACAGUCAUCGAGGGCUACUUUGACAAUCCCGCCGCAAAUGCAUCCUCUUUCUUACAAGGUUGGUUUCGUACAGGAGACAUCGCUUACUGCGAUUCCAAGUCGAAAAAGUGGUACAUUGUAGACCGGAAGAAGGAAUUGAUCAAAGUUCGUGGUUUUCAAGUUGCACCUCCAGAAUUGGAGGCUGUUCUGAUGUCUCACCCCAAUAUUCUCGACGCUGCGGUGAUCGGAAUCCCCGCCCCAAGCACCAUAGAUGGCGAAGUGCCACGGGCAUACAUUGUUCCAAGGAAUCCAGCUGCAAUGGACCGGAGUGGGAUUCAGCGUUAUGUCUCAGAGAGGCUUGCAAAGUAUAAACAACUCAGCGGGGGUAUCGUCUUCGUCGAGAGUCUUCCUAAGACGGCGAGCGGCAAAUAUCUCAAAAGACAUUUACGAGAUCUAUGGAAGCGAGAGUCACAAACAGCUCCAAAACUCUAA